AUGGCUCCCUCUCACCGCCGUGGACCUUGGGUCCCCGAGGAAGACCAACUACUUCUCCAGCUGGUGCGCGAACAAGGUCCUAACAACUGGGUUCGCAUUUCUCAACACAUGCACUACCGUUCACCAAAGCAAUGUCGGGAACGUUUCCACCAGAACCUCAAGCCAUCCUUGAACCGGGAGCCAAUUUCCGCAGAUGAGGGGCUUUUGAUUGAGCGCUUGGUCGACGAAAUGGGGAAGCGCUGGGCAGAGAUCGCCCGCCGCUUGGGCAACCGCAGCGACAAUGCAGUUAAGAAUUGGUGGAAUGGCAGCAUGAACCGAAAGCGCCGCGGUCUUUCGACACCUACAGCCUCUCGCACUUAUAACACAGGCCGUGUGGAAGCGCCUUAUGUCCGCGCUUCAGUCGUUAGUCCUAUUCGUCCUCGUUUCAGCACUCGUCCAUGGGCCGACUCAGAAUCCAACGAUACCUUCGUCCACUCUCGUCGGGAAUCCUUGUCUGCUGCUCGCCAACUUUCUCCCAUCUACACUCUUCCCUCGAUCAACCGUCCCAUUGAAACUCCUUUGACUUCACCUGCUUUCUCGGAAGCCUCCAAUGCUACAUCCGUCGAACCUCCUUCCAUGGUUUCUGAUCACAACUCUGUCUGCUCCUCUUCUCCUCGCACACUUCCGUCACCUCAACUUCUGCCCUUGCCUAUUGGUGUGCAAUAUGAUAUUCGUCGCUCCAGUGUUGCAUCAGUCCAAGUGGUCGACAACUCUCCUAGCUAUCCCGCUCGCUCUUUGGAGUCGCUCUCUGACAUUGCCUCCAAACGGCGGUGGAUGGAGCACCAGCCUAUGCUGGCUUCGUGGCAUCAACCUACAGAGCAAUUGCCAAAGCCUUACUCCAGGCCUGAGGCUCCUCGUGACACCCGCAUGGGUGUCAACAAUCUCUUGAACUGA